CCCAUAUUGGAUGCUUAUGGGCCUGUUAAAUGCACCAUGACAAUUAUUUCCUACAAAAUGAAAAAGAAAUCAUUCAUCGUGUUUGUGUGUCGCCAAUCGCCAUUCCCCUGCAGCCAUGUAUCAAGCUUACUUCAAUAACAAGUUCACGAAUUCACUUGUGUUCUACGUGUUCUUGUUACUUUUACUUCUCAUUUCACCUUUUCUUUUCAUUUGGGAACUCAUCGCCACCCUCCGAUCAUGUUUCCAACCUAUCGAAAACAUGUCCGGAAAAGUGGUUUUGAUCACAGGUGCUUCAUCGGGACUUGGAGAGCUCAUGGCUUAUGAAUAUGCAAAAAGAGGUGCAUGUUUAGCUAUUGUCGCGAUAAAAGAACCAGAGAGUCGACUCGAGAAAGUAGCAGAGAGAGCCCGUGAACUCGGCUCUCCCGAUGUUCUUUUCAUAUUUGCCGAUGUGUCAAAGGUUGAUGAGUGUAGGAUGUUUGUGGAUGACACCAUUAAACGUUUUGGUCGAUUGGAUCAUCUUGUUUGUAACGCGGGAAUCGCAAACCUUUAUUCAGUCAACAUUGAUAUCACCAAAUUCGCACCCGUUAUGGACAUAAACUUUUGGGGAUCGCUUUAUACAACUCAUUUCGCGAUGCCACAUCUCAUGAGAAGCAGCGGGAAGAUCGUCGUCAAUGCUUCUUGUGCUGGAAUAUUGAACCCACCGAAAGGAGGCUUUUACAAUACAAGCAAAGCAGCAUUGAUAAGCUUCUAUGAGUCCCUCAGAUUCGAAGUGUCACCGAGAGUAACGAUAGUAAUCUUGACUCUUGGUUUCAUUGAAACAAAUAUCAUAACAGCCAAGUAUUUAGGUAAAGGUGUUGGUGUGGCUCUAAGAAAUGAUUUUAGUAGCUUGCUCCCAACAAUGGGGGCAGAGCCAUGUGCCAUAGCCAUUGUCGAUGGAGUAUGCAAAGGAGCAACAUCCAUUACAGAACCAAGGAAGAAUCAGAAGGGAUAG